AGUGAACUUUUUGGAAGAACCAGAAAAGCCAUUUCCAAUGUCAUUAUUUCACUUUUAAAUAUUUGUAUUUAAAUCAAUAUACCGGCAGAAAUAUUAAAUUAUCAAUAAAAUAACUGAUACAAUUAUCCUUCUUAAGUUACCGCCAAAAAGUCUGCAAAAAAUUACCAAAAAAUAGUAGUUUUGUCAAACAAAUUAAUCAUUUUUUGAAGAUCACCUCAGUCUAAUAUUAAAUGGUCAUUAAUGCACAUAGAAAACUCAAACUUAAAGGAAAAUAAUAAUUUAAAAUUAAAAUAAAAAUUCAACCUUAAAUGAUGAUUAUUCUAGAACCUCGUCGACUUUUUUGUUUCUGUUAUGUCAUUUUACUGGUUUGACUUUGACAAAUAUCAAAUAUGAUGAAAUUUGUCAGUUACUGUGUUGUACCGUGAAGCAAGUGGUUGUGUAUCUAUUCCGCUUUUCCAGGGGUAGAUUUUCCGAUAUUAUGUAGAUUUUUCUCCUUACCGUCAGUCAUUACAUACUGAUAUAUUGUUUGAUAAUGUCGCCGGUUCUUUUAGCUGUUGUUGCUGUCAUACUAUGUAUACUUUUUCGAAUAUUGAAUGUGAAUAGCCAGCCCCAAAAUCCAGUAAUUUAUGGAAGAGACAGAAGUUUCAUUGAAAACAUCUUGUUCGUGUCACCAUUCUUAAAUGAAGCUUAUUUCCCUACACGUCUAUGGGGCUUCAGUGGACAUGUUCAGACGAUCCUACACAGUCUUAUUGGACGUGUAAGAUGUCCAUGGCCGAUUGGAGGUCGCAUUUCACUAGUCCUGCCGGACAAGUCUACACUCACAUAUGAUUUGUAUGAACCAGUGGGAUCUGAACAUGAAGAUGACGUCACUGUGGCUAUCUGUCCCGGCAUCGGCAACACUUCUGAGAGCGUGUACAUACGCACUUAUGUACAUUAUUCGCAAUGCCACGGAUAUCGUUGUGCCGUUCUAAACCACAUCGGCGCCCUCCACAGCGUGCCGGUAACCGGCAACCGAAUAUUCUCAUACGGUCACACAGACGAUUUCAACUACAUGAUUGAAAAUCUGAUGGAACGCUACCCCAAUACAAAGUUGAUUCUAGUCGGUUUCAGCCUUGGAGGCAAUUUAAUCACAAAAUACCUGGGCGAGGAGAGGAAACGGCCCGCCAAUAUAAUAGGAGGUAUCUCAAUAUGUCAGGGAUACAAUGCUAUUGACACCAUGGUAUACUUACUACAAUGGCAGAAUUUCCGUCGUUUCUACUUGUACAUCAUGACAGAUAACUACCGCAACAUUAUCACGCGUCACAAACGAAUGCUACUUAGUCCUGAGAUGAAGAGUAGAUACUGCCUCGAUGAAAAUAUGAUUGUGUCCGCCGGCACACUGCCCGAUCUAGACGAGGCGUAUUCCAGGAGGGUGUACGGGUUCGAGUCCGUGGCGGACCUAUACAAGUGGAGUUCGUCAGCCUUCUAUCUGCACAACAUAAAGACCCCGAUGGUGUUCGUGAAUGCGCGCGACGACCCGAUCGUGCCGGAGCCCCUGCUGCCCAUCGUCCGCGAGUUUGUUAGUUCACACGACAAAGCCAUGUACCUGGAGUUGGCCCACGGAGGGCACUUGGGUUUCUAUGAAGGCGGUCUGCUGUACGCGAACCCCGUGACGUGGCUGGACCGCGCGCUGGUGGGGCUGGUGGGGGGGCUGCUCAUGGCGCACAACAAGUGCUCGCCCAAGGACGCGCUGGCGCACGCCGACUGCUCCGCCUCCGACGACGAACCUGAUCUCAUCAAAUCCACCACCAUCGUGUACCGCGACCCCUUGGACAAGGUGUCGUCGAAAUGCAACUAAAUUGUCCAACUACUAGAACAAUUGUAAGUUGUUUACGUGAACCUAGGUGUUAGUGGGUUAGGGCGUUUUAACGCGUUUAAUGUGUAAAGACAACGGUGUCGACCGCAAACGUAAAUCUCUCAUUCUCCAUAAUCUCGGAAGUUUUAAUAAAGUUGUUUAUAUGUAACGGCAGCUCCACAUUAGUGCCGUGAAUUAACUUUUUUUUUCCCACCUAUUCUAGUAACCUCGAGAGGUUAUUCUAGAUUCACCGAGCUAGUAGGUGAGUUCACGGGGCUCAAGCCGGGAGUGUUGCUAACACCGGCCCUAGCAAGAGCAGUGUUUCGCAGAAUCUACCACCGGAUCGGAAACGCGACCCACUGAGAAGAUCCGGCGAGAAACUCAGUGGGGCAAUGAAUUCACGCCGUGAAUCCACGGCACAAGUCGUGCCCUCCACGUUCACGGGAUGCUCUCUCAAUCGUUCGUAAAACCCGCCACGAAAGGGACGUAGAAGCUGCUGCUGCAAUAACAUUGUUUGCUGUGGCAACAUAUCACUAUUUAGAGGUCCGAAACAAGAAAGUUAUUCGAAAGCGUUUGAAAAAAGAUAGUGGAUCAUUGAAAUAUAUUGUAACCGAUCAAGGCUCUUUAGUCAGGAGCAAACUGACAAACGGCCGCGAACCCUUUGUUGCGGGACAAAAUACCGACUCCAAUCGGGGUACAGGCGUGAGCGCCGGUGAACACCACGAAAACCGUCCACUUUAACGUUCACGCCUGUCACGGAACUUCACGGCGCUAAUGUGGAGCCGCCAUAACUGUUCAGUGGCUUGGUUCGUUUCCGUCCGCCGUUCAGUGUCGCUUUAUAUUUACGACUGUAUACGAGUUUUUGAGCAGAACGAAAAUCGAAGAGAAGAGAGAGAAUGCCAAACGCCGCAAAUAUUUCAAAACAUUCUUCUAAUGAGAUUUUAUUAAUUAUUAGUAAAUUUAUUUAAAAAAAUGUGUUUUCCCUCCAAAAUGCUCGGAAGCCGUCGUCUGAUCGUACGGACGUCACUAUUAUUUGUAAUAAUUCUAUUCAAUGAUAUUAAACUCAUUGUAGAUCAUAAUGAUGCCAUUAAAACGUCUAAGGGUCGAUUCGACCAAACAAGAGUAAAUCUUAUUCUUAGAAUAACUCGUCAGUUAAUCGAGAGUAAAUCAAUUUUACGUUUUACCAACUACAAUUCUAAGAAUAGUGGGCCUAUUCGGGAAUUGUUACUAUACCGCCGUUUCGCACGGAAUAACGGAGCUAUUCCUAGAAUAAAGUAAUGGCGUCUGUCAGUCCAACAUCUGAUUUCUGUCAUUUCAUAAAUAUUUAUUCUGUUUUAAUUUCAAGUCAACGCAAUGCACUAAAUGAUUAUUAAUAGUCUGAAUGCAACGUUUAAACGAAAAAAUAUAAAACCACACGACAAAACUUGACAAUUCCCUCAAACAAACAAGAAAUAAAAAUAAUACGUUUGACAGCUGGAUAUCUUACACAACAGCUACUUUUUCACACUAAAAUACGGCAAAAUCGAGUUGACGAUUUGUAUGCUCUUACACUAUGCCGUUGAACAACAACAUUUAUUUGCCGGAUUUUAUUUUUGUUCACCAUUCACUCUGCUAUUCGCGUAUUGUUAUUCCUAGCGCAACUAUACGUGGAAAAACGACUAUGAAUUUACUCGAGAUUAAAAUCACGGAAUAGGUUAUUCCUCGUAUAGUUACUCGAGUUUAAAUUUAAGUUUGGUCGAAUCCGCCCUAAAUGUAUUAAAGCAUUAAAACUUAACGCAAAAUUUAUAAUCGAUUUUAACUAUCUAAUUAUUUUUCUUGUUAAGGCCUAUGUUAUAAAUAAAAUCAGUACACAUAUAAAAAUUACCAACAUCCCUGUUAAUUAGAAUUUGGUGAAUUGGCAUUUUCUAGCGAAGUAAAGGUUUUCGGUUUUAUGAAAUAUAGGGCUUAAUUACCAAAGUUAUAUUUAACGGUAAUAACUUUUGUUGGUUGCCGGGCCGAGGUAAAGUGUAAGUAAUGAUAUCCAAUGGCAGAUAUACCGUGAUAUACGGAGCGAACAAAACAAAAAAAACACAUUACGGAGCUCCUCUGUGAACAAGGGACGCUUUUAAUCUACGUAUUUAUUUAUUAUCGACCAUGAAUAGAUUUAGUUCUUUUAAAAGUCAAAUGAUAAAACAGUUCCUCUUCUACUACAUGCGGGUGUACAAAUGGCGCUGUACUCUUAGCUUGCUGUUAUUUCAAUAUAUUUUUUAUUCAUGUAAUUGUAUUAUGCACUGUAUAUAUUAAUAUAUUAUUAUAUAUUUACUGUGUUUACUAGUGGUUACUGGAGCCCAUAGACAUCUAUAAUGUAAAUGCGCCACCCACUUUGAGAUAUAAGUUCUAAAGUCUCAGUAUAGUUACUGCUUCACGGCAGAAAUAGGUGGGUUGGUGGUACCUACCCGUGGGGACUCACAUGAGGUUCUACCACCAGUAAUAAAAAUUAUAAUACAUUAUUAAUUGUGUCAGAAAAUGGGUAUCUAAUAUUUGGUAGUUACAACGAAACGCGAUCGGAUUGUAGUAGUGCCUAUGUUAUAACGUAAAUGUCCUAUUAUAACUAAAAGCUACGCAUGUUUGUUUAUUGUCCACAAUAUUGAGUCUUUGUAGAUUAAUUUGCUUCAUGGUUAUUUCGAUAUGUCUAAAAUAUGUAUUCCCGUUGUGAUGUUUUGUUCGCAUCGAAUAAAUCAUUCACAAGCGGCGCAUGUUUCCAUCCCGCGUCUCAAAUAUUUGUCUGAAUUAUUUUAAUUUAGAUAUUACGUCUCUAUUGGAUAUUAUGUGUUCUGUGGCGCGACACAAGCACAAUUUGUUGCGCACUAUGGUUUACUGCAUAUUCUGAAUAAGCUUUGUAAUAGUUAUUUAUUAUGUGUCGGUUGUUCUUGAUGGGCAGAAAUAAGAAUAGCAGAAAAAAUUGCGAAUUUUGCCUCUCAUAGAUCUCGGCAGUAAGGAUUUUAAGGUUGGAUAUCUAUGAUUUAAAAUUCUUGAACAGUAUUUGGUAUUAAUACGAAAAUUUCUAGAUUUUCUGAACACUGAACGUGUCGCUUAAGAAAACGCAUGUAUUGCUCAAGACGUCACGGGAAUAUUUUGGUUAUUGUGAACACUGAACGUGUCGCUUAAGAAAACGCAUGUAUUGCUCAAGACGUCACGGGAAUAUUUUGGUUAUUGACGUAAUAAUAUAUAAAAAAGGCAAAAUUAAAAAAAAAACAGUUAACCCGGUCAACUCUGACUUUAUAGAAGAAACUGGCUGGUGAUAUCAAUGUGGUAGUUUUAAGCAAUAAAAAUAUAAUUCAAUAGAUCAACAUCGGAAAAGAUGGAAAUAUUAAACAUGAAUCCGUAAAGUUACAAUUUUGAAAAGUAUAUAGUGCCGACUUUAUGCCUCUAUUGUCGAGAGAGAUUCGAAUCAAAACUCGUUGCUUUCAAACAUUGUUGUUGUGCUUGUUCUGUGAAUUCGUGAGAUGCGCUUUUGUUUAUUAUUAAUAUACCUACUAUUAACAAUAUUGCAUUUUUGUCGGGAAAUGGAUACUGAUUUAAUGUAUUUUAUUUAUGUAUUCAAAUCUCACUUUCAUUUAAAACUUAGUAAAAAAUAGUGACAAAAACAACGAUUAUUAGAAAUUAGUUUUAACAGAUUGGAAUCUGUUACUGCACAAUGCUUGUUAUUGGAAAAAAAACCAAUUACAAAUUGAAAUUGGAAGUGAACAUAAUAUAGAGAGAAGGCUAGUGUAUUUUGUACGUUUGUAUUUUUAUGUAUCAGUCAUUUUACGAAAGAAAAGCAACUUAAGUCUUGUUUAAAGAAACUGCCCCACAGAUUUAUAUUAGUCAAUAAAUCUGAAUUAUGAGCUAUUAGAGAUUAUAAUAACUUGAAAUUAAAGCACAUAGUGCAAGAUUAUAAUAAAUGAAAUUAUUUAAUGUACUUAUAUAUGAUUCCAGUUUGACGAUAUAUUUUGUAUGAAAAAUUUAAAAUAUAUUGCACCAUUCCUAUAGUUCUAAAAUGUGUAGUGCGUACGUGUUUGUCUGUUUUAGAGGCCGCAAACAAUUCGUCCUGAAUAACAAAAGUUUUAGAAUUUUUAAAUGUUAUCACUGUUACAAUAUUAUACUAACGAUAUGUGAUUCACCGUUACUAAUUAGUUAAAAAAUAUAUGUAAAAAUAAUAAUUAUAUUGUUAAACAUUAAAAUAAUUGUGCAUAUAAAAUACGCCGCAAUUUUUAAUCAUCAAAAAUGAGACUUUUCUACAGCCGAAACAUUUUAUUAGAAGAGGAAGAAAUCUAUUUCAAAUUAAUCUUAUAUUCACACUGCACAUUUUAAAUUGAAUACCUAUACGGUUAAAUUAUUUUUGGUGUUUUAAAAGAGUUUGUGUACAGUAGAGGAAUUAUGUGAAUACAGAACCGGUCAAUGGGGAGUUUAUAAAAUUUCAGAUUACGAAGUUGAUUCGAUUGUGCCGAUUCAUAAAAAGUACAAUUUUUUUAUUUUACAAUCUAUCUAGCAAAGUAUAUUGUCAUAUUUAUUUUUAGGCUUGUGUCAAAUAUAAACUAUUUAAAAUCUAUGGGCGUAUUACGCACUCAAUAAAGAUUUUGGAAAUGAAUAAAA